CUUUUAUCACUCUUCUUUUCUGUUUUGCGAGAUUAAUCUUACCAUUUUAAUUCCGUUUUAACUCCUUUUAACUCCUGGUUAUUGUGAGCAGAAAGGAGUAUAAACAGCCUUGGGCAUCAGUGAUCGUCGACUCCACUUGAUAAGAUAACUUCCCCCCCACGUUGACCGCUCUCUUGUACUCCAGAGUGGCCUGAUCCCCUCUCUUCUAUAUUUCUGUUCGCAUACCCUCUUCUCGCAUAUUCUCCUCUCAUAUUCCUUCGAACCUCUGGCCAUGCAACCAAAUCACUGCGACCUGCUGGGUCAGGUGCGUGAGCCUAGAGCCGCAAGUCGGAUGACGCGCGAUGGACAUCAGCCGCUUCGAGAUAACGGUCAGCCACAGCCAUCUGGUGCGGCACCCAUGAGAUCAGAGGAUUCUUGGAUCGACGUUUCCUCGCAACCGUCCUCUUCCUCCUUCUCCUCUGCUGCCACGAAUGAAGACAUAAUCACCACCGGCUUACAGGUCGAGCAUGGAGAAGCGGGAGCAUAUCAGCGUCGCAAUCGGCGACGCCGUCUACAACAUCUUGCUGCUAUCACCACGGCCCAGGCGGACUAUGCAUCUCGGGAUGCUAGCCAAGCCAGUAGCAGCCAGGAGGAAUAUGAGGAGAGCGAAAGCGAGUCUGAUCGCGUUCUUAGCAGCUCAAAUGAAGAUAUAACCCGCCCAACGCUCCCGGCUACAUUAUCUGCCCGCUCUGCACCGCUAUCAUCAAGUUCAGACGCUACCUCCAGCGAUGAUGAAGAUGAUACUUCUACUGCCCUAGGGAUGGGAAUAAGCCCAUCACCUUUCGUACCUCAACCGAAUAUAUUCACACACCCGCCAGCAACGUCAGAACCUGGAUGGAGUGCACGCCGUUCUCAACCCAAUGUGCCGUCUACCUCAACUCACCGCGCCUCUCGAAGAGAAUCUUUUCCUAGCCCACGAUCAUCCCGGAGAACUCAAUAUCAGCACAGCCCUUACAAUAUGAUUUCUCCAUCCCAUCAUGCCGACCACGAUGCCGCCCUUCGUGCCAGCCUAUCAACGCUUCUUUCAUGUGCCGCUGCCGCCAGAGGUCUUCCAAAGAAUGAUAAUCGAUCAUCACCUACCCCAGCUGCUCCCUCAGGAGGCGGACAACCCGCUUCAUUCCGACUAGUAGGUGCAUCAGUUGCUAUGGGAGAGGAGAGCAGCGAUGAAGAGUCGUCAUCCUCGCCGCAGUAUCCAGAAACAAGUCCUUCCAUAGGAGCACCACAGAGAGACUUAAGAGCACCAACGGUGUCAUCUGACCCAGCUGCCACCAAAGCAAAGCGUCGUUCAAGUUCCCCUAAAGACCGCGGUGUUGUCUCGAAGAAGAGUCGUCGCGUGAGCAUGACAGAUCCAACAACGACUGUCAGCCCCACGAUCAUGACAUGGGUCAUCAGCGCCGGCGUUGUCGUUCUAUUCUCCGCAAUCAGUUUUUCCGCGGGGUAUAUGAUCGGCCGUGAGGUCGGGCGGGCCGAGAUCGGAAUGAUGGGAGAUGGUGUUCCUGGCCCUCGCCCCUCAACAGGGUGUGGCCAGGAAGCGGUCCGCGGCGGACUCCGAAAACUGCGCUGGGGAUCUGCGGCUGCAGGAUCUGCUAGUCUUGCAUCAAUGUAAUGUUCUAUGACGAAUGACAAAGAUGAUUCCAACGAAUUACGAUGUCAAUAUAUGAAGAUGUGCGGUUCGAGCUGCGUUCAUGUUGUUCUGAACGUGGGCCUGCUUACCGGGACAUACUCUUGUUUCUCUGUUUGAUUGAUAUUCUACUCAUCUCAUUGACUGAUAGUCAUUGGGAUUCGGUUGUUAUAUGCCGGGGGUCUCGCGACCUGCUGACAAUCAAAAAUCGGCGCAUCUUUUUGUUUUAUGCAGGUGGCUUCUGUUUUGGAGCGUUGGAGUUUUGGUUCUAGUCCCCUUGGGGCUUCUAUGAUGGUUUCUUUACGAUUUCCUGCGAUGUUCAAUCUAUACCCUCCUUUUAUCACCCCAUCUUAUAUAUUGAAUGGAUGAUUCUCUUACAAAAUUGGGCUGUUGAUACCCACAUCUGCUGGUAGUAUCUCAAGCCGUACCUCAAGCAGUGUCUCAAGUACUGCCCCAAGUAUUGC